UGGCACCCCACUUGGUUUAAAAAUCAGGGCAUAUCAGAAGAGUCACAACCCAUACCACCACGGCACACGAGCUACUUAUACAUAUUCGCAAAUUGCUUGUCAAUCACUUCGUCCUCCUCCACGAUCUCGAUAUGCACGUCAUCUGAGAGUGGCGUGGCUUGACACGCCAGAGUGUAGCCCGCCUCGGUGACCUCAUCGUCUAGCGUCCCCAUCCCGUGAUCCACACUCCCGGAAACCACCUUGGCCGUGCACUGGAGGCAGGUGCCCAGCCGGCAGUCAUGUGGAAGCUCCAAACCCGCCUCCUGCAGUACAAACAAGUCAGCACAAGACGCCUGUAUUGGAAGGGACAGUAAUGGACAUUGUGAUUCAGUACCUCAGCAGCCUCGAGGAUACUAUCGCCAGGAUUCACCGUCACAUCAUACGUAUCGCCAUUGAUACUGACCUUGACGAUGCGAGAACUCAUCAGCUGUGUUGAUGGCCGAUGCCUGCGUGCUGCAACUGAUAGUGCAUCGCCUCUCAGCCGCCUCAGGUAGAGAUGGGCCGAAGACGGACAUAGAAAACACAGAGACUCACCAAGGGAUUCCACCAAGGCCACGGUAGAGAUGAGGAUCAAGAGAAGUAGAAGUGGGAUCCCUGCACAAAGGUACAUGACAUGACAGACAAACGUCUAUGUCCUCUCGCACAUACUGUAAAGCCGCUGCAUGAGGGGAUGCGGAAGUACGCAGGCGACCCGAAGCUGAUCCAAUGUGGACUCGAGAUCACGCUCUGCUAGAGGCAGGGGAACC